CAAAUACUAAUUUCCUCGUUUAUUUUCUAAAAAUAUUUGUAUUUAUUAAAUGCUUUAAUAAAGGCAAUUACCAAACCAAUGUCAUGGGUACAACUUUGACCAGAACAAUGCGUAUUAUAGGUGGUCAUAACACCUCGAUAGCUGAACAUCCCUACAUGGUUAGUAUACGUUACAAAGAACAUUUCAUAUGUGGCGGUACGAUGAUAUCACAAAAAUGUAUGCUAACAGCGGCUCAUUGUUCAAUAUUAGAAUCACCCGGGGGUUGGGAAAUUCAUGCUGGAACUACGUUUAUAAAAGCUAAAGGGCUUAUAAGAAAAGUACGCAAAUGGAUGGUGCCACUGGAAUUCAAUUUCUUUACCGUUGACAUGGAUGUGGCUAUUGUGGAAUUAGAUAGGCCAUUAUAUUCACGAAGUGUAAGACCUAUACAAAUCGAUUAUGAUCCUUUGCAAGAAAAUGAAGAAGUUAUGGUAACAGGUUGGGGUCUUAAGAAUGAAUAUCCUUGGGCUAAACUAUCAAAUGAACUGCAAGCGGUAAAUGUUUCUUUAACUUCGAUGAAAGAAUGUUUGAAAACCUAUCUGCCACAUAAUAAUAUAACGGAAAAUAUGUUUUGUGCUAUUGGUAGUUGGGGUAGUGAUGCCUGUCAGGGUGAUAGUGGUGGACCUGCUAUACGUCGUGGUAAGCAGGAAACAAAUCUACUGAUAGUAUUAGUUUAACGCUUGGAAAUCAAAGAUGUCAUGCGAAUAUCUGGCUGUUACAAUUUCAAUAAUUUUAUUUCGUCUUCCCUCAAUGUAUUUACAUCAAUCCAGUGAUCCUCGU